UUGCGUGUCGGUUCCAUAUGUUUGAUGGAAAGAGCCAACCGGCUUUAGCAGCGACGUUGUUAUGGCGAUACAUUUCAGCUUUACUGACACGACAUUUUAAUACCUAGAAAACUAUCUAAAACGCAUAGGAAUGUACCAGUUUCUAAUGUUAAGACAAUAAACAAUCCGAGGGAAAUGAAAAAGGGAAAGAAACACCAUCAAGGAAAUAAUGGGAACGGAUCGACUAGUAAUGGAAACGAGAAGAGACACGGGGAAUAUGUGUCCUGGAAGAAGAAGAAGCUUUUUGACAUACACCAAGCCCUCAACAGUGACCCAGUGGACAUUGAGACCCUGCGAAAGGCGGCCGUGAGUGAAGGUGGUCUACUGACAGAUGAAAUUAGGAGAAAAGUCUGGCCCAAACUCCUCAAUGUCAAUGUGUACAACCUCCCAGCAAAACCUGGGAGAGAUGUCAGGGAGAACCACAAGGACUACAACCAGGUGCUCAUGGAUGUCAGGAGAUCGAUGCGUCGUUUUCCUAGAGGGAUGCGGGUGGCUGAGAGAGAGGUGUUGCAGGAGCAGCUGAUUGACAUCAUCCUGGAUGUUCUGAGGAGAAACCCUCAGCUGCAUUACUACCAGGGCUACCACGACAUAGUGGUCACCUUCCUGCUUGUGGUGGGGGAGAGGAUGGCUAUAGCAAUAGUGGAGACUCUCUCCAAUCACCAUCUCAGGGAUUUUAUGGACCCUACUAUGGACAGCACAAAGCACAUCCUAAAUUACUUGAUGCCAAUUCUGGAGCAGGUGGACAGAGAGCUGAAUGAUUUCAUGUUGCGGGCUGAGGUUGGUACUAUCUUCGCACUCAGCUGGCUCAUCACUUGGUACGGCCAUGUCCUCUCCGACUUCCGGCAUGUUCUACGGCUCUAUGACUUCUUCCUGGCCUCGCACCCACUGAUGGCCAUCUACUUUGCAGCAGUGAUCGUGUUGCAUCGGGAGAAGGAGGUGAAGAACAGUGAGUGUGACAUGGCCAUGGUCCACCACCUCCUCUCCAAAAUCCCGCAGAACCUGCCCUACGAGGAGCUCAUCACCCAUGCACAGAGUCUCUUCGCCCGCUACCCGCCCUCCCUGCUGGCCAAGAGCGCCGCCCUGCAGUCCCGGAAGAGCAUCGCCAUCAGCACCUUCCAGGACUUCCAGCUGACCACCCUUCAGCAGCGGCCCGACUCCGUCCUGCGGCUCCAGGUCAACGAUCACCUGGCCUCACCCGACUCUGCGGCAACACCCACCGCUGCCAACCAACUCGUCAAGAUGGCCGUGUGGGGCAUCUCGGCAACCCUUGGGGCCGCGGCUUUGACGGUGGCCCAGACGGCUCUCGAGUGGGGCCCCGACUUCCUCCUCCAGCUCUUCUAGAGAAAAAAAAGAAAAAAACACACUACAAUCACCAGACCCCAACCAACCCCAAAAACCCAAACCCCUAGUCGUUGUGCCAAACCUGGGGUACCAGUCCUCUGCAACAUCCUGCCAUUAGUGACUUAUGGGUAAUUGCCCGAUUUCUCAAACUCCAACUUAUUUAUUCCGAAGUGAUUUUUAAAACCUAGACUUUCACCCCCUCUUAUUUGUCCUAGGAGUGAAGGGACUGGAGAUUAGUUUUGCUAAUGAUGCACAGGUUCCUGUGGUGGACCAUAAGCAUUUUGUCUGAGCGGCCUAACCUGCCCCAGAAGCUGAUUCAUUCACAGUAGCGCUGGGGAUUGUGGAUGAUUAAAACAGGCAUGCUUGUUUUUCUUCUCUCCAGCUUUUACACCUUCAGUGAAAAGAGAGAGAGAAUAAACACUCAGGCCAAAUACCAAGACUGUCAGGUGGCUGCCUGCAGACUACAGAGAGCACCCUGUGUCUGUGUGUGUGUGUCUGUGUGUGUGUGUGUGUGUGUGUGUGUGUGUGUGUGUGUGUGUGUGUGUGAGUGUGUGUUGGAGUAAAAGAAAAGAUCUGAAAAAAGAAUAUACCUUUUAAGGAGAGGAAAAGGCAUUGUUAUCCAUUAAUACUUCAUGAAGCGCCACGUUCUCCCUCUUGUGUGUCAUACAUAUACAUCCCUUGCUCACCUGGACACCUGAGGAAGGUCUUGAUCCUUCCUUAAAGCUUGAACUUUGAAACCAGCUAAACUUAUAAACUGUCUCACCUGCUGUGGAAGAACGUAGAAGAAGAACAAAAAAAAACGUAGGAAGAACCGUCCAGGACUCAGGCGAGUUGAGUCGGUCCGAGUCUCGCUCCACAGGCCCCCGGGCUCCCUGCACAGCGUCCAGGGGUCUUAGCUUGAGUGCUAACCUGUGGGGUGAUAAUGGAACGAGGGCCGACUGCCGUCUGAUCCAGUGCCUUGAGUGUGAUUGCUGAUGAGCAGCUGUUAGUCUGUCACACUGUGCCAACGUGUAAUUCGCUGCGUAAUCACCACUGCCAGUAGAAAAACCACGAAACACGCAUGCGCACACACACACACACACACACACACACACACACACACACACACAUGCAUGCACAUACACACACACACACACACACACACACGCACUCCUCCCCUGCCUCUUUUCUCCUCUUUGCUUUUCCUUGUUACCUCGAGCUAUGUCAGGAAAGCACAGGCCAUCUUAAUUUAAUGUGAAAUUAAUUUGCGCCCAAGGCUAUUGGCAGGAUUUUGGGCCAAACACCAAAGAUUUUAUCGGCUGACAAAUCAAGACAUCAAGAGCUUUUCAAAAUAGGAAUACUAGUGCACAGCAUGUAUCUUGGCUGUUUGUACAUGAAUUUAUUUGUAUUAUUAUUUUAACGUAGAAUUGCACCCACUCCAAUGAUCUGUAUGAUUAAAAGAAAUAACACGUAAUAAAUAUAGAAAUGUGUAGAUUAUGUGAAGGGGGUGCUAACAUUUUUUUAAACCCUGUAGAAAUGCCAUAUCUUGUGAAGAAGACACUAUAGUAUGCACUCUAGAUUGCAUCCAGCUUAACUUAGUCAUUAAUGAUGGGAAAAUGGGCAGCCACGGAGAAGACUCUGUGAAAUUGUUUUCAACGGUAAUUACGAGAGGGCUGUUGGCCUUUCAAAAACAUCGCACCGGUUUGAGAUAGGGACUUGACAGAUAGGAUCCUGGUUCUCUGGCCAAGCCAAGUGAAGGUCUUGCUGGCACCUGCGACGCAUUCGGCUCCAGUUGGAAACGUUUAGCGCGGAAACGCUGCUCUUUUGAUCAGAGCCUCUCACUCUCUCCUCGUCUGCUUUGAGGCUGAUCGGCUGUCCAACUGUUUACCUCCGAGGCCGCCGUCUGAAGGCAAUUGUGCGAGCAACUUUUUUUUCUUUCUUUUUUUUUGAAAAGCUCAAGCACUUUUUCUGCCAAGGAGAACUUCAACUUUUAAUGGAUCCCUGGCAGGAGUUGCGUUUGCCGGGAAAAGGCUUUGCAAAGUAACAGGUUGAAAUGUCACCACCUGCUCCGCUCCGAAACGCGAUCGCUGCUGCGCUACCUCUCCCUUCCGCCUGAUGCCUUUGCUGCACAUCAAAGCCGAAGCGGAUUCGUGGUUGUUUUUUAGGUUAAAACGCAGUGUUGGAACACAGUCCUUGUAAGUGCACUCAUUAAGGUGUACUGUAAAAUUGGACGUUGCCAUACGAUGCUGUAAAUGUGUUUAUUUAUUUUAUUUAUAGUUUGUUGCAAUAGGAAUCAGCCUUGCAUCAGCAUAUAUCAGAUGCCUUGUACAACGCCAUCUCUUGAGUGAGGUCUCAGAGAAUGUCAGUUAGAUACAUCGUAUUUUUAGAUUGAAAUGUCACUGUAUUUUGAAUGCAAAUAAGAGGUGAUUUUUGACAAGACAUGCAGAGAAAUAAACAAACACUGAGGAGAAAAAAA